GCUCUGAAACCACAAACUGUGUGGGUUGUAUCCAGCUAUCCUGGGUGUAGUUAUACUAGACAGGAUGCAGACUAAACACGGUUCAGUUCUCCUACUCCUACCCCUACCUGGAUCCCUAGUUCUCCUACUUCUACUCCUUCCUGGUUCCCUAUCUCUGCUCUGUUAUGAGGGGAAGGAGGCAGCAAACUCAACCCUUGAUCAAUAUAAUCCAGCAGCAUGUACAGAUCAUCAAGACUGGUGCUUCUCAAUGUUCUCCUUGGACAAGAACGGGUUUAACACCAAGAUGUGCUGGAAUAAGGACUGGGAGCAUGGAAGAUACAAGGAGGAUGGCUGUAUAGUUGGGCAGCACUGUAUAUCUGGAGUAUGCUAUGAGAAUGCAACUGUUUGUUUAUGCAAUGAUAAGGAUUUAUGCAACGGAUUUGUGGAAAAUGGAAAUAUUUCAACUCCAAUCCCCUACCCUCCCACCACACCACCUGACCAGCAUGAAUGUUACUACGGGUUCAAGGAGAAUAAUAAGACAUCAGGUCUAGAGUUUACAGAACAAUGUUUUAACACAGAACAACUGUGUGUCAGAGUAACUAAAGAUGAGGAAGGAUAUGAAUACAGGAGUUGCUGGGAUUCCAUCUUUAAUAUAGAGUUCUCAAGACCUGGUUGCUACAAAGGAUUUCAACAUUGUCACAGUGACAGCUGUCACAAUGAUACCCUGUUAUGUGUGUGCGCGGAUAACCUCUGCAAUACAGAGAAGUUUACCAGCGAAUCUCCUCCCAUUACUCCAGGCUCUGGACUAUACUGCUAUGCAAGAGAUUGGGAAGAUGAUAGUAUAGAGGAGAAAGCUUGUUCUGCAGAUGAGAACUUCUGUAUAGAAUUCACCUCCCUGGAAUCUGAUCACGUGCUCCGGGAUUGCUGGAAUCCGACAGAAUAUAAUAAAUAUAAUUUUACUGGAUGUGAAACCACACAGAGCUGUUUUAGAGGGGGCUGCUACAAUGCUACUGUCUGUAUAUGCCAGGAUGAUUUAUGCAACGGGUUUGGGAUUGCUGGAAAUAAUAUGACAACCCCAGAACCAGUUACAAUGACGACGACAAAUAAGACGAUGCACUGCUGGUACGGGUUCCAUCAUAACGGUUCUACCGAGCACGCUUGGCAGAGGGAAGAAUGUGCCCCGCAGGAAGAUAGAUGCAUAUUAAUAACAUCAACGGAUGGGUUUGCAAUGGGGCAUUGUUAUGAUGUGAACUAUGAUGAUGGAAAAUACGUCUCUGGAACUUAUGAAACAGGCGAGCACUGCUGGGAUGGAACCUGCCACAACGGAACUAUUUACGUUUGUUUAGAGUCAAUGUGUAAUGGAGAAGGAGCAACUACUCCGACCCCUCAUCACACUACUCCAGGCUCUGGUCUAGACUGCUACUAUGGAUCUAUUUUUGGAGACGAAAAGAAGAACCUGACGACCCAGAUCUGUACUAAGAACGAGACGAUGUGCAUUGCAGUGUACGGGAAGGACGAUUUUUUCUCGGGGAGCUGUUGGGAUCCAACCCAGGAAAGAGAUAGUCAUCGUGUUUUAUUUAGUUUUUAAAUAUUCAAGGUUUUU